GUUUUUAUUGAUGUAAUUCUCCACUUCUUCAUGUAAGCCUUCACCAAAAAAAAUUCCAACUUUAAUUCCUUUAUUUGCUCAUAAAAACUAAACAAAAAAAAAAACUAAAGAGAGAAGAUAUCAUCAAAGAAGAAAUAUCAAAGAUGGUUUUUUCUUCAUUUCCUACUUUUCAUGAUUCAUCAAACUGGCAACAACAACAUCAACCAAUCACGACCACCGUUGGAUUCACGGGAAACAACAACAACAACAACAACAUCAGCCAGCAAUUCCUCCCUCACCAUCCCCUCCCACCGCAACCGCAACAAACACCUCCACCACUUCCCCACAACGGUAACGGUGGAGGCGGUGGUGGUCCCGGAGGAUUAAUCCGGCCAGGCUCGAUGGCAGAAAGGGCAAGGCUAGCCAACAUACCACUGCCUGAAACAGCCUUGAAAUGUCCAAGAUGUGACUCAACCAACACCAAAUUCUGUUACUUCAACAACUACAGUCUCACUCAACCUCGCCACUUCUGCAAAUCCUGCCGCCGUUACUGGACACGUGGCGGCGCUCUAAGGACCGUUCCUGUUGGUGGUGGUUGCCGUAGAAACAAAAGAACCAAAAACAGCGGUGGCGGCGGUAGCAGCAGUAGCGGAAACAGUAAGUCACAUGACAGCGCCACAAGCAACGACCAAUACCACCACCGAGUCAUGGCUAAUAGUCAGAUGGGACCACCGUCUUCGUCAACCUCUCUGAGCUCGUUGUUAUCUUCUUACAACGCCGGGUUAAUCCCCGGACAUGAUCAUAACAACAAUAACAACAACAUACUUGGACUUGGUUCAGCUUUGCCUCCUCUCAAACUCAUGCCUCCUUUGGACUUCACCGACAACUUCACCUUACAAUACGGUGCCGUUUCAGCUCCUUCUUAUCAUAUGGGGGGCGGAAGCAGCGGCGGAAACGGAGGAGCCACGGCUCUUUUGACCGGUUUUGACCAGUGGAGAUUCCCGACAACACAUCACCAAGUUCCUUUGCUAGGUGGUUCAGACAAUUCUUCAUCUUCCGGGUUAUACCCGUUUGAUCAUCAAAAUCAAACGGACAUGGAGCAGCAGAAUCCGGGUUACGGAUUAGUCACCGGUUCGGGUCAGUACCGACCUAAGAACAUCUUUCAUAACUUGGCCUCCUCUUCUUCUUCUUCUACUGCUUCAUCAGCUAUGGUUACAGCCACGGCGUCGCAAUUAGCUUCAGUGAAAAUGGAAGAUAGCAACAAUCAACUCAACAUGUCCAGACAGCUUUUUGGGAACGAACAACAGCUUUGGAAUAUUCAUGGGAAUGCAUCAACCGCAGCCGCGACAACUAGUUCGUGGAGUGAUGUCUCUAAUAAUUUCAGUUCUUCUUCUACUAGCAAUAUAUAAUCACUCAUCAUCACUCUAAGGAAUCUAUGUGAUGAGGAUAGUUUUAUUUAUUUCUUAUUGGGUGUGGACGUGUGGUAUGAUCUUAUGUACUUAGUUGGAAGUUAGUACUUCGAUCGAUCUUGUAGGCGUUUUUUUUCUUCUUAAUAUAUUACAUUACAACUA